UUGGUCUUUCACACAUACAGGACAUCACUACAACGAUGUUGUCACUGUAGGUCAGGCAACUAGGCCUUCGAACUCGAUGUCGGAGUACUAGAUUCUUCCGGCAAGCAAGCAAAACAUCGUCUUCUGCGACGGGCUCCACUGCCGUUGUCCUUUUGAAUAUGGGUGGCCCAUCAACGCAGGAUGAAGUCGGAGACUUUUUGAAAAGGCUGUUCUCAGAUGGCGAUUUGAUACCUCUUGGACGAUUUCAAAGCUACAUAGCAUCAUUCAUUGCACGAAUGAGGACACCAAAAAUCAAGAACCAAUACGAAGCAAUCGGUGGAGGCUCACCGAUCAGAAAGUGGUCAGAAUAUCAAGCACAAGAACUAUGCAAAAUCUUGGAUCGUACCUCUCCAGAAACGGCACCGCAUUCGCCUUACGUGGCCUUUCGUUACGCUAAGCCGCUCACUGAAGAGACUUACUCUCAGCUUCUUAAAGAUGGCUUUGGUGAGCGCGGCAGAGUUGUCGCUUUCUCACAAUAUUCACAGUUCUCUUGCAGUACUACUGGCAGUUCCUUGAACGAAAUCUACAAGCUUCGUCGAAAGCUAGAAGGAGGCGCAUAUACAAAAAGAGGGAUCCAAUGGAGUGCCAUUGAUCGAUGGCCAACAAAUCCAGGAUUUGUCGAAGCAUUCACAAGAAAUAUCGAAGAGCAUCUUCGCUCGUACGAGCCAGCACGAAAGAAAGACGUUACACUCCUAUUCUCUGCUCACAGCCAACCCAUGGCUUUCGUCAACAAAGGUGACACGUAUUCUACAGAAGUCGCCGCCUCCGUCCACGCCAUUAUGUCUCGUCUCAACUUUUCAAAUCCUUACCGCAUAGUCUGGCAAUCCAAAGUCGGCUUUCAACCCUGGCUAGGACCACAAACAGCAUCGACUGUUGAGGAAAUGAUCGAAAAAGGCAAGACGGAUGCCAUUAUUAUCCCAGUCGCUUUUACUUCAGACCAUAUCGAAACUCUGUAUGAGCCUGAUGAAGAAUUGAUCGCUGAGUCGGGGCACGCAGAUACGAUCAAACGGGCGGAGAGUUUGAACGGGAAUCCGGUAUUUAUCGAGGCUUUGGCAGAGAUGGUGAGGAAGCAUUUACAAGGUGGUGCAAUGGCGUCUAGACAGCUUGAACAGAUGUGUUCUGGGUGUACGAGUGAGGCAUGUUUGAGGAGCCGAAGGAUGUUUACUGGACGGGGAGAUAUAUCAUGA